AGAAAUAAUUGACCCUACAGCGCCCUCACAAGCAUUUAUACCGUAACGUUAGCAGCUAGUCAUUCCGAGCAAACGAUGCAGCCAUCUUGCCCAGGGCAUCUCGGUUGAUAAACGACACAAUUAUCUGGAUAUGUCAGGUGCAAAUACAUGUUUUUUGAAGCCAAACAUUUCCCAACACAAUGGCGCAAUGGAAACGCCUUCAUGCGCGUCAAAAAAAGACCAUCAGCAAGGUAUAAUUUCGUGUCAACUGUUCUCUUCCGAUACAUCCAGCUCGAUGUUGAUCCGUAUGUUUCAUGUAUUAGAAUGACAGCUGAAGCCAUUUGUACCGCCCUUUAAGACACGACGGGAACCAAUCACUGCUCUUCCCGGCUUCUGUGAGGUGACGUUUUAUUCCCAGUGCGCAGGCGCAAAUCCACAGGAACUACCCCACUUUUCCACAAGCUCGUACGAGUGUGAAGAUGGCGGUACGCUCCGCUCCACUGGAUACGAUUUUCUUGAAUACAGAGGAAAGUGUAACAGUAGUCGAUUGUCAUUUUCUGAGAUCGUUAGAGUUAAAGUUUUCGUGGUCAUCUAACAGGAAUUCCUGGCUUAGAUAAAAGUCUCCCGUUAAGCAUAAAGUUGAGGUCCGACUGGGACUAGGGGUAAGCAGGAGCUAAUGUCCAGCUGGCACUUGGUCAAGACGUUGCUUAAGCAGGUACGCUGUUGUUUUGCUUUUGUCUUGCAAAGUGUAGGCUACACGAAAGCAAGCACCAGAACGCACCGAGAGACGUUUAAUGUGUAUUAAAGUCCCCCCCACCCAUCACCUUCAUGCGUGUAGCCGAUCUAUUCCUAAACAACUUGAAGUGCUUGUGGUCUCUUGUUUACUGGGGUGCUAUGGGUCAGUUAUGGAUGAAUCAUUCGCAAAUCUUCAAUCACGGAGCAUGACCAACUCAAGCCCCCAUGUGACUUAAAAUUCCCACCCCAAAGCCCAUUCACAAUUCACACUUUUAAUGAAAGACAAACCAUGAACGCUCAUACUUCAGGACGCGCUGCCCCCGUCACAAGUGACAGCACCAGCAAUACUAGCACGAUGACAGGGAUCACCAGUGGAUCCGUUUUGUCAAAGGGGAACGCGAUCAGAACAGCCACUUCGUCAAACAGUGUCAUCCAGACCCAUUUCACCAACUCACAGAAUGUUGCUGCCUCAACUCAGCCUGCGAGCCAGGAGAGGGGACCUAUGAUGACAGCGAUGAGGACGCCUAUGCAAGGCACGGGACCGUCGGACACAAACAUGGAUGUAACUUUGAACGGAACAAACAAUACCGCAGGACCCACUUUGGUAGCCAACGCGGCGGGUCAGAUCGCUCCGAGCGCGCAUACAAGUGUGCGCGCACAGACUCCGCUUGUGAACAAUGGUCAGCUACCUGCUGCGGCUGUGUCGCUCGGAGUGGGCUCCGACAUCAUCAGGGCUAAACAAAUAAUUCAGACGUUACCGCAACAGGGCCUGCCGCUCGGCAGCGUCAUUGGUCCCAGGCACGUGAGUCCGGUGGCUUUAGCUCCGAGUCCAGGAGGGAUGCGAGCGCCGACGCAACAGCUGUUGGCUCCAAGGCUCCCGCAGACCCCUGCGGGACAGCCAAACCUACAGAACUUCCAACUGCCCCCUGGCAUGGUGCUGGUGCGCAGUGAGAGUGGGCAGCUGCUGAUGAUCCAUCAACAGGCCCUGGCUCAGAUGCAAGCCCAGGCCGCCGCAGCCACCCCCACAGCCAUGCCCCUUGCUCAGGCCCCUGGGAUCCCCAUGAGCAGCAGGCCUAUGGGCCCCGGCAGCAUGGUUCGACAGGCAUCCCCUGUGGCCCCAACCAUCUCUCCAACUACUACUCUCCACAGACCCCCUGUUCUCCAGAGCUCCGGUGGACCUGUGCCACCUGGCCCAGCAACCAGCACGAGCCCUGAGACCACCGUGGCCCCGCCUACCUCAGGACCCAUCAGCAAUGAAACAAUGGAGAACGUGAAAAAGUGCAGGAACUUCCUGUCCACGCUGAUCAAGCUGGCGUCGACGGGCAAGCAGUCGGCACAGACAGCGGAAAACGUCAAAGAACUGGUCAAGGAGCUUCUGGAGGGCAAGCUGGAGGCCGAGGACUUCACCAGCAAACUGUACGGCGAACUCAACUCCUCACCACAGCCUUACCUUGUGCCUUUCCUCAAGAGAAGCCUCCCAGCUCUAAGGCAGCUCACCCCCAAUGCAGCGCUGUUCGCCCAGCAGAGUCACGUCCCCCAGCCCACCGCCUCCACCCCACCCCCUGCCAAACAGCCUUCCUCCCCGGCCACGGUGGUCCUGAGGAGCCCCGCCCCUCAUCUCACCACGGCGGUAACCAGGCCCCAGGUCCAGCCGGACAUCAGCAGACCUGGACCCGUGAACCAAAUGCUUCUCCAACCUCAGCCAGUGGUGGUAGGGAUGCGACCGCCGGUUAACAUGGCAACAGCACCUAUUGUGACGCCCAGGACCCAGAGCCCUGGAAAGAUCCUCGUGGGACCCCAGCAGCUCAGGCAGCUGACCUCAGGUCAGUCCACCUGCCUCCUCUGCCAGAGAUGUGUCUGGUCUGUGUGUCGGUGUGAUGCAGAUACCUCUGUUUUCCCUGUAGGUCCUCCCGGAAGGACAGGCCUCCUGCCUGUGUUUAAACCUGUUCCACCUGCCGCUGCAUCUCUUGCACAGAAGAACCAGCUGAAAGAGGCUGGGGGGACUUUCAAGGACGAAGAUGACAUCAACGACGUGGCCUCCAUGGCAGGAGUCAACCUGACGGAGGAGAGUGCACGUAUCCUAGCAACCAACUCUGAGCUGGUGGGGGCAGUGACACGCUCCUGUAAGGACGAGGCCUUCCUCUCUACAGCCGUGCUGCAGAGGAGGAUGCUGGAGAUGGGGAAGAAGUUUGGUGUGAGCGAGCUGGGCGUUGACGUGGUGACGUUUGUAUCUCACGCCACUCAGCAGCGUCUCCAGAACCUUCUGGAAAAGGUGACUCAGGUGGCACAACACAAGAACUUCAGCUUCAAGGAGGAGAGCAGCUAUGAGGGCAGCAGUGACGUGCGUGCCCAGUUACGCUUCUUUGAGCAGCUUGACCAGCUGGAGAAACAGAGAAAGGAGGGGCAGGAGAGACAGAUCCUUCUCAAGGCCGCUAAGUCUCGAGCCCGUCAGGAGGACCCCGAGCAGCUGCGCCUCAAACAGAAGGCCAAGGAGAUGCAGCAGCAGGAGCUGGCCAUGAUGCGACAGAAAGAGGCCAACCUCACCGCCCUGGCGGCCAUCGGCCCCAGGAAGCCGAGGAAGCCUGCGGACGCGCCGGCCUCCGCCGGGGCGGCCGAGGGCUCUGGAUCGGGGUCUUCGCUGGGUGCGGGGUCGUCGGGGUCCAGACCCACGCGGCAGCGCAUCACACGCAUCAACCUCAAGGACCUGCUGUUCUGCCUGGAGACAGAGAGGCCCACCGCACACUCUCAGUUCCUCUACAAGGGCUUCCUCAAGUAGGCGGCCGCUGCAAGGUGUGUGUGUGUGUGUGUGUGUGUGUGUGUGUGUGUGUGUGUGUGUGUGUGUGUGGACCGAUUGCCAUCAUAGCAGUUGGAGGAGCCCCAACAUGUGAAAACUUGGCUAGUUUUUUAUUCAGAGCCUUUUUUCUACGGUACAAUGACCUACUGUACACAUAAACACUGUAAUGGCCGAUAGUGCACUACGUUUCACAAUUGUUUGUAUGUAAAAAAUAUUUUCAAGAAAUUAAUCUAGAGAGAUUUUAGGGUUUUUAUUAAACACCCACUACUUUUGUUAUUAAACUUUUAAUUGGCUAAACUCCAAACUGUGUAAUCUACUGAGUUGCCUUUUAACUAAAUAAUUAAGCCAUACAGCAAUCCCUAAUCUUGUCAACGGAAACAGUGGUUGUUGACACAAUGUUUGUCUGCAUCUCCACUACCUUGAUUGGUGUAUUGGGUAUAUGUAGUAAACUCAAGCUUAAAUUAUUUGUGUUCAUUUAUUUAUUAUUUUGGUUCUUUCGUGACACGUCUGUUGUGUCCCUUAAAUAAAAAAUAUCUCACAGUAGCAUGUUUAUAUUUGUAUUAGGGGGCCAUGUUUUUGUAAUUUUACUACAUUAUUGUAUUUUUUGAUCUCUACUAAAUCUCUUUUCUAAUCUGCUCUACCAAAACUUAAUCUACCUGAAAUAGAACAUAUUUUUCUAGGAAUCCAUAAAUAUGCGUUCUUAUUGUCUUUAAUCAAUUUCACUAACGUCAUGAUUUAUUUCUGUGCAAAUAUUUGUGGUGCUUUUAACAGACAGCCUUUUAAUAUGUAGGCCUAAGAGUAGCCUACUAAUUAAUAAUAGUUUCUUACAAUCUGUAAAAGGAAAACAUAAAAUGUUAUCAUUUGAAAAUUUUGAUGCAUUAUUAGGAAAAAAAAAAACUCAAUUUCCCAUGUAUUGAUAGAUUGAAAUAAAUGUUGAUUUUCCAAA